AUGAAGAUCGCCGUAGCUGCCCUCGCUACUGCUGCGGCAGUUGUUUCUGCCAUUCCCAACGGAGGCAUUCCUGUCGAUGCCAAGAUCGCUUGUGAGAAACCCAACGUCAACUUCUGCCUGGAUUCUACGACACUUGUGAACUGCGACGCCAAUAAGGUGGGCACUCGCGCUUUCUGUCGCGAGAGCAUGAUUCCAUCACCACCUACAAAUGGAAUCGGCUUGUGCUGGCAGAGCUCGAAAGACGCCAGCGAUGCGGUUUGCCACAAGGCAUGCGUCGUCUAUCAUCCAACGCAAUACACCAUCCCCGCCUCGCUUUGUAACCCUACAUAUAUACCAAUGGAUGUUCCAAGAUCGGAUGCCUUUAGAACUCCUACUCAAACCGCCAGCCUUCCUGCGGGAAUCUCGACACAACCAGGUACUGCUUCAUCCAGCACUCCCACCUCAGGCGUCAUGAGCAUCCCAGAGGGCACCAGUCUAGGAACUGCCACGAUUCCCCAUUCCACUCAUGGUGAGGUGACUGGCCCAACCGGUACCUCGACUGGUGCUUGGUCGCCUACUGGAACCGACGACUGCCCUGUUCCCACAGAGACUGCCACUGCUACCGGAAGGACUGGUAAUAACACGACGUCUCAUACUACUUCCGACACGACUGUCCCUACUGCCGGUGCCAGUACCAACCAUGUCAUCGGAGCUCUCGCUGCCGCUGGCUUCCUGGCUGCUUUCUUCUUCUAA